CAGUCCCAUCAGCCUCCACACUGAUGACUUUACAGAGUUUAAGCUCCACACCUUCAUCAUCCUCCACACUGAUGACAUCACAGAGCUUCAGCUCCACACCUUCAUCAUCCUCCACACCUUCAUCAUCCUCCCCUGAAGCCAGCGAGCCUCAAAAGAAACACCCAACUCCAGCCCAGAGAACUCUGCUGUAUGUGGGUCUGACUCUGGUCCUCCUGGUCCUCAUAUUAUCAGCAGCUUUGCUGAUUUUCUGCAGGAAGAGAGACAAGAAACCCAAAGCACUGCAGGAUGGAAACAUCGGUCUCAUCAAUGCAGAAAUCAUCCAGAGAACAGGAACUGAAGGAGGAAACAUCACCGUUGCAUGCUCCUUCACUUUCUCUGGAUAUUGGAGAAUCUUCUGUAAAGACAAAUGUAAACAAAGAGACAUUCUCAUUGAGACAGAAAAGGACACAGCUCAGAGAGGCAGAUACAGUAUUGAAUAUGAAGAAGGAUUUUUUCCAUUAUCAGACACAGUUCUGUAUGUGAGCAUCAGAAACCUGACUCAGUCAGACUCAGGACGGUACAGAUGUGGUUUGGACAGAUCUUUCUCAUUCUCACCAUCAUACCAGGAGAUUGAGCUCCGAGUUCCAGAGGCUCCAACCUCUCCUCCCAGACCUCCUUCAACAUCAGUCCCAUCAUCCUCCACACUGAUGACAUCACAGAGUUUAAGCUCCACACCUUCAUCAUCCUCCCCUGAAGCCAGCGAGCCUCAAGAGAAACACCCAACUCCAGCCCAGAGAGCUCUGCUGUAUGUGGGUCUGACUCUGGUCCUCCUGGUCCUCAUAUUAUCAGCAGCUUUGCUAAUUUUCUGCAGGAAGAGAGACAAGAAACCCAAAGAACCUCCUGUAGAAACUGAGUACUCUCAUGUUACAAAGGCCAACCCAGUGUAUGAGGAGAUCAGAGAGGACAGACAGAGCACAUCUCCUCCUGUAGAAGUGUCCACAGUUUACACUUACGCCAAAUACACCAAACCAGAUGGAGUAGAGACCACCGAGGACUACAGCUUAGUCACUGCACCCACUUCUCAGAUGAAAACUGAAGACGAGCUCACCUACUCUGAGCUGGAUGUCCCCAGCGGUCCAGCUGCCUCGCUGCACAGCGCCCCCUGUGGUGACGCAGAUACCGUGGUCUACUCUGUUCCUCGGGUAGAAGCCAGCUGGGCCGGCAGCCCCCCCCCAGACACUCCACCUCCUCUGUACUCUACUGUUACUCUACAUCAGGUGUAGCUUCAACGCUGUCAGCUACAUGGACUCUCUCAGGGGCCCCCAGGGGCCACACGGGGCUUUCAAUGAGUCACAUUCACUCAAAAAAAAUCUGGUUUUAUCAUUUAUU